GCAGUCACAAUACGGCCACACUACACACUCAUAGAGAAAAAAUAUAGUAAAUAAAAAGGCUUUGCCGAAUUCAGGAUAGCUUUUGCCUGCACCGUGGGUGCUCAGCCAACAUGGUCAUUCCAAAGGAGAUCCUAAGCGACUUCAAGGAGCUAUACGAGAAGGCCAACCGUCUGGUGGAGGAGGAGAGCCGCAAUGAUCCGCCCACGGAUCCAUUCCGCUCCCAUUAUAAAGCGCGCGAUGUGCUAAUUGUCUUGAAGAAGCAGCUGGACGACCAACUGGUAUCUGUGCAGGCCAGCGAGGAGGACGGUGGUCAGGACGAUCGCUGCUAUCACUCUCUGUUGGCCUUCGUUUGCCGGGAUCUAGGCAGGAUCUACAUCUACACAGAGGAGCAGGCAGAGGGCGAAAAGAUGCUCAAUCGUUGUCUGGAACUAGUCACGCCGUUUAAGGAGUGCCCUGAGGGCAUCAUUCCAUUCAUUGGGGCAAUCAACGAGCUUAGCAUUGUGCUGGCCUCCAAGGAAGAGUACAAUAAGGGACUGGAAAUUCUCCUGGAGGCAGAAAAAAUCUACGAGGACUUCAAAGCCAGUGGUCUGAAGCCCCUGGCCAUUCAAGAUGUGUUCAAUCCUCCGGAGGAGGGACAACAAUCUCACGAAGCUGGUCCCAAGGAACUGGAAUCCCUGUACACGCUAGUCUCAUUUUACAUGGCGCAAAUGUACGGGCAUUUGGGUGAGCCGGAAAAGUCGGCCAAGUGCUGCCAUCGCACCCUCCAUCGACAGCUUGAGUCAAAAACAUACGAUCCCAUUGAUUUCGCACUGAACACCGCCACCUUGUCACAGUUCUAUAUUGGAGAGAAGCGCUUCGAGGAGGCCCGUCAUCACCUGGCCGCUGCUACGCUCAUCAUGGCCGAAUAUGAGGUGCACAUGCUGGAGCCGGAGAUGAGCGAGAAGCAGCGCCAGGACGUGUCGGAGACCUUUAAACAUCGCUACGCCGAUGUGGCACGCUGUUGGGCCAAAUAUGGAUUGUAUUUAAUGAACACAUCCAAGCUUCGGCUGAUGCGGGACGAAGAUGACGAGGAUGCCAAGAACCUGGAGAUCGUUCUGCGCAAUAUGCGGCUGGUCGAGGCGGAACAGUCCCGGUUUCCUGGACUUGACCUCACCGCGUGUGAAAAUCGUAUUAGUUGUGAAUACUGCCUGACCUUCGACGAUGCCAAGUUGGUGUUUCAUUUUGUGAACGAGUGGCUCGACAUAGCCAAGGACUAUUACAAGGCCGAGAACGAAGCUACUGAGUAUUCAAAGAUAAUGCAGGAUUACGCCGAAGCGUAUGAGCACAUUGCCUUCUUCGAGGAGAAUCCAGAAAACCAGGCCAAGAUGCAAAAGCGUCGCGCCAAGUAUCUGGAAGAUCUUUUGGAUCUGCUUGACCCCAUCUUUUACAUGAAGAUAUGCCGAGAAUGCUGGUAUGGAGCCGGCACAGCUCAUGCUGCCGUGAUGGAUGUCCGUCUCGACAUCAUUCGGGCCACUAGCACGCCAGCGCCGGAGGACAUCAAGAAGGUCAAUCAGAGCUGUAUGAAGGCCAUCAAGCACUUUGAGAGCUAUGUCAAAUCCUAUCUGGUCAAACCGCCCAGCGAGGAAUGGCGACCCAACAUGGACGUGGAGGAGCAACGCCACAUGCUCUACGCCCACUUCCACAUCGGUCGCAUCUACUACAAGCUGAUCAGUGGCCAUCCGCUCCAGCAGCUGGAGCACCUAACUAGUUGCCACACCUACUACCAGAGAUUCGAUGCUGGUUGCCAGCUGCACAAGGAGGCGGCCGAGACGCUGCAGGGCGAGAUUGGUGUUGUGCGUGAAAUGCUCCAGCUGUUGCCGCUCAAGAUAAACACGAUUAAGGCCAGGUUGAACAAGGCUGGGCUAACCGCGUGAGAAUUUCCAAAAAAUUAAUUGCAUUUGCUAAAAGCUUUAUACGUAGUCAAAAUAAAUCGCGUUUCUUUCAAGG